GUCCAAGCAGGCUUUUAAAACCCCAACUGACCAACCCCAAAACUCCCUGCCUGGAAACCAAGCGCCGCUUGAGACCCCCCACCUGCAAGAGCGCGGCUGAGCUGGAAAACGAGGAAAUCGCAAAGCUCCAACAGUACCGAUUCAAGGCUCAGGAGCUCAACUACCGCAUCUUGGAGGGCGGCCCACUCCUGCCCAAGAAGCCCCCCACGAAAGAGCUGACCAAGCCCAUCGGCUUCAACCUGGAAAUCGAGAAGCGGAUUCAGGAGCGGGAGACCAAGAAGGUCCAGGAAGAGGAGCCCUUCGAAUUCCAUUCGAGGCCCUGCCCGACCCGGAUCUUGGAAGACGUGGUGGGUGUUCCAGAGAAGAAGACGCUUCCCAUCACCGUCCCCAAGUCCCCGGCUUUUGCCUUGAAAAACAAAGUGGGUGCCCUGGUUCGAGAGGAGAAGAAGGAAAAG